GAACUACUUGACGCCGGCGCAGCAUUCCAGGCUGGGAAUGAGUAGUGCGUCAGGUGUGUAUACCUCCGCGCGCCGAGCCUUCUCUCCAGUGAUUCCAGUGGCACCGUGAAGCCUCUUUCGCCCAACCAAGAUGCCUAACGUCGGACCUGUAGGCGCCAUUUUACCGGCCAAAUAGCUGCUGGAAAAGUGUCACCGCGGCCUGGGAACAGCUGUAUGCGGUCGCUGGCGUUGAUCGAGAGGACUCUGGGUAGAGUGUAGUAGGUCGUCCUCCUCCCCAGUGCAGCUGCAACAUCACCACACGCAAGCAACAAGAUUCCAUCGCAAAGACCGCCACUAGGAGGAGGAGUAGAAGGAGGAGGAGGAGUAGGAGUAGUGGAAGCAGCAGCAGCAGCAGCAGCAGCGGCAGCAGCAGCAACAGCAGCAGCAGCCUAGCAGUCUCUCUCUCUCUCUCUAGCACUCCCCCCUCCCCCUUUCCCCCUCCCCUUCCUCCGCCUACUACACUGCCACCGAUCAAGCAACCGACGGACGACGGCGGCGGCGACGUCGUCGAGGAAGAAGAAGUGGAAGGAAGGAAGGGCCUCCUACUACUCCUCCUCCUCCCUACCUCCCUCCUCCUCCUCCGGGUCAGCAGGAGCAGGAGCAGUAGCAGCAGCAGCAGCAGCAGCAGUAGCAGGAGCUGCUGGAGUUCGCUGGAAAGGGCGGAGAAGGAAUUAGUGUGCAGUUGAUGUUGUUGAUGUUGUUGUUGUUAUUGUUGUGAGUGCUUUUAGCUCUAUUGAUCUGAAAGAGUGGAAGGUGGGAAGAGUAACAGGAAGAAGAAAAAGAAGAAGAAGAAGAAGAAGAAGAGGAGGAAGAAGCGAGAGAAAGAAAGAAGUAGAGGGACUGGGCCUCGUUGCUUCGUCCUGGACCUGGUCGUCCUCGUCGUCAGCAGAGUUGCUGAGGAGCUACACUUCAUAAUACCCACCAUCCUCGAAGGGGGAGGGUAUCGGGCCUUGUUUUGGUGUGUGUGGGGGUUUGGGUGGGGGUGGGUGCAGCAUGGGGGCCCCCCAGGUGUGGGUGGUGGUGGCGGCCAGAAGGCCAGAAGGGGCCCGACCCCCCCAGGGGCUAUUACAUCCCCCCACGCCAACAUACAGGUAGGCACUGCCCCCCACUGAGAGCCCUCUUGCUUGUUUCCUGCCCCCCCAGAGUGCCCAAAACAACACCGCCUCCUCCUCCUCCUCCUCCUCCUUCUCUGCAAGAAGAACAACAACGAGAACAAGAGGAAGAAACAACAACAUCAACUACAACAACAACAGCAACAACAACAUUGGCAUUGUGGCCAGAAGCAAUUUGCAGCUGCUGCUAAUACUAUUACUUCAAAUACCACUGCUACUACAACAACAACAACUAAUAACUACUACUACUACAACUGCCAUUACAAGUACCGCUGCUUCUAUUGCUGGUGGUCGUUUUUUCAUAGCUUGGAUUUGCUGCUGUCCCUCUUGAAGUACGACAGAUACAACUACAACUCCUGCUACGACUGCACCCACAGGGGGAGAUCCAGAGAGAGAGAGAGAGAGAGAGAGAGAGAGAGAGAUAUACCCAAUUCAGAAGCUUCUUCCUUUACCAUCGCUGCUUCCAACUGCAGAGAGAGAGAGAGAGAGAGAGAGAGAGAGGACGCUUGUGGACAGGUGGUUGACCCUACAGAGAGAGAGAGAGAGAUAGAGAGAGACGUGUAUGUGUGUGUUUGAAAAAGAGAGAGAGAGAGAGAGAGAGAGAGAGAGAGAGAGAGAGAGAGAGUAUAGAAUUAUUCUUCUUCUUCUUGGAAGAGUUUGAAGCCAAAGUGCCGAAGUUGGGGGCGGGGCGGUGAAUAGCGAGAAUAAUCAAAGAAGAAAAUAAAAAAUAAAUAAAAAUAUAAAAGAGGAAAAUACGAAAGGAAGUGAGUGAGAAAAGAGAGAGGGAGGACAGCGAGAAAAUGCAUAUGGAAAAAUAUUCGGAAUGUCCAAAUAUUUCAGCCCUGCAGUGAGAAAAUAAAGAAAAUAAAGAUAGAGUGAAAGAAAUAAUGGGGGUCCAUUUGGACGAAUUAAGAGAGUCGAGUGAGUGUUUGUGAGGAAGAUGAAGAAGAAGAAUCGAAAUGCAGUGGAGGGAAUUGAAAUGUCCACGAUGAUGAGGGAGGUGCACACGAAGAAGAUGGUGUCGAUGGUGUCGUUGGUGAUACAGAUCGUGAUGGUGUUGAUGAUGAUGGUGAUAAAUAAUGGUGGUGAAUCAGCCUGAGGCAUGAGAGUGAGACGUACCACCUCCGCAGGAGCCAAUGGCCGAAGUGUCGUGAGAGAUUUUGACUCCUCGUUGUUGUUAUUACUACUUAUUAUCAUUACUGCUCCUCAUUCCUGAUGGACGAACGGUGAAGUAGAGAGAGAGAAUAUCCAUUUCAGCGACGAAGUCGAGGAAAAGGGCCAAUACGAUAAAUCGCAGAAUUAACAGGAAAAUUCUAUAUCAAUAUAAAUUACGUAUAUAUAAUAUAUAAGUAUAUAUAUGACGUCCUCUCUCUCUCUCUUGAGUGAUUGAACCACUUCAGUUGCCGAAUCUUCUUCUUGCUUUUUUCACGUUCGCGAGAAAUCAAAGCUGCUGCUGCUGAACGAAACGAACAAAACAAAAGAAAAACCCCACCCCCCCAAAAAAACGCUUUCACACACAUCCGUAGCAGCUGCCUGUGAGACCCAGCCCCUUUCACUUCGAACAAAGAAACGACAUAAGAAAACAGAAUUGAAAGAGAGAAAAAUCCAAGAAAAGAGAACAAAAAAGGACAGAGACGAAAAGCAGCUCCUCCCUAUAAACCCGUGACCCCCCCAUACGAUGGCGUCAGACGGAGGGGCUGAUGUAAUGCCAGACCUCUCUCAUUUGACCGAGGACGAAAGAAGGAUUAUCGAAAAUGUUAUGCACAGACACAAGCUCGAGGAAGAGAGAGAACAUGAAUUCGUCAGGCGAACGAAAGACGAGGUGCGCGACCUGGAAGAGACCAUCCGGAUACGGUCUGACGUCCAGAGGAAGAAGGGGAUGGACAUGGACGCUACCUGCCAGAUCUGCCUCAAGACCAAGUUCGCCGAUGGAGUUGGCCACAUGUGCAACUACUGCAACAUCCGGUGUUGCGCCCGAUGUGGUGGCAAGGUCUCGCUCAGGUCAAAUAAGGUGAUCUGGGUGUGCAUUGUUUGUCGCAAGAAACAAGAGCUGCUGAUCAAGUCAGGCUCAUGGAUGAACGCCAGCCAGCAGAGUGAGCUGAUGCUCCUCGAACACGAGUACUCAGGUAGCCGAGGUCCUGCAGCCACCCCCACUGCGGACAAAAGACCCAAACUGGACCGCACCAAUAGUAGUGAGAAAGAGAACCGACCUACCACUAGUGUUUUGGGCAUAAUGGGUAGUGGAGGCAGUGGACAGCCACCCCCAGCAGCAACUUCUGCCCCUGGGGGUGGUGCCCUCGCCCUUUACCCGCAAGAGCCAGAGGGCCCUCGCUGCCAAAGCCAAGAACAUCACCAACUCUCCGGGGACCAUCUUGCCAAUCCUCCGCCCACUUACCUCCCGUCAGAGCUGUCACACCACGCCGCCUACGAAUCCCCCUCUCGCCCUGCGAUGCAGCGCGCGGGGAGCGCCCAGGCCCGCGAAUUACGGCGGCAGUUUUCGCAGGAAAAGGGAGGCGGGGCUGAAAGUGGAGCUGGUGCCCAAGGGGGGCGAAUUCCAAGGGGCCGUGUGGCGAGUGAAGGGGGAGAGUCACAGCUCUCGCCCCUCGCGCGGGAAAGGCAGCUGCCGCCCUCCGAAGCAUUCAGGACCUAUCCUUAUCCUCAGGACUGCGAGGCAGCUCCCAUUGGUGGUAGCCCAGACAUCAGGGUUGAAAGGGGCUAUAGUACUAGUGCUGUGCCUGGAGCUCUUGGAGGAGGAGGAGGCGGAGGAGCUUCCGAAGUAGGAGGAGCAGGAGGUGGAGGCGCCUAUGGUAGUUCUAGUGCUCGAUAUAGUCCUGUUCAGGGAGCCGGUGGGAGCAGCCCUAUGGAAGGCGGCAGCAGCCCCGGCCCCCCUUCCUUGGAAGGCGGGAGCCCUCAUUUUGAGGACCCUCGCCGCAUGCACUUAGAUCCCGCCGCGGCCUUUGGGCGCUCCGUCGAGAGGCGAAGGACCGACCCCGUCAUGAGGAACGACUCCCUUUCUUCCGACCAAAGUGAAUGCGUUAGGCCCCCCCCACCCAAACCGCACAAGCAUCGCACGAGGGGCCGCAAGGCUCGCCAGAGGUCGCUCUCGUCGUCCGAUGAGGAAGUGAGGUCCACCUCGGAAUGCACUUCCUGUGAGGAACACGAGGCAGAGUCUGAAAGCGUCUCGGAGAAGGGUGAGGGCGACUCAGCACCUGCAACAGCAACGGACCGCUUCGACAAACAGGAGCAACUUGACGCUCAAAUUAAAAAGUUCUUAGCGCACCCUGUGUCCUGGCAACCGAGUCAGGAUGGCACGAGGCUCAUCGGCCACAUGAUCCUCAACAAGUACAUGAAGGGGGAGGUGGGACCAGCCUCCAGCGCCGCCAUCUUGGGACUCAAGGUCGCCGGAGGGAUGAUUCUGGACAACGGCAAGACCGGUGCCCUCAUCGAGAAGGUCAAGAAGGGCAGCAUCGCCGACACCGUUGGGCACCUCAGACCAGGUGACGAGGUCCUGGAAUGGAACGGGAGGUCGCUCCAGAACAAGAGCUACGAGGAAGUGUACGACAUCAUCACGGAAUCGCGGCAGGAGCCCCAAGUCGAGAUCUUCGUUUCUCGGCCUCUCCCCGACUACGGGAGGCAGCCGGCGAGGAGAGCCACUCUUGCCGGGAUGCCCUCCAGAGGCGGGGGCGAUGGAAAUUACGAUCCGAGGAAGUUGUCCGAACCCGGCCGGGAUCGUCGACCGAGCGUCACCAUCACGUCACCUGGGUCUCCGGAGACCUACCAGAUGCGAACCCAUUCCCCCUCCGUCACUGGGAAGCUGCAGCUGAAACUAUGGUUCGAUCCAGCGAAUCAGCAGCUGGUUGUUACCAUAAUGGGCGCUGUGGACCUACCUCCUCGGGUGACCGGACAACCCCGCAAUCCUUACGCCAAAAUGUUCCUGUUACCAGAUAGAAGUGAAAAAUCCAAGCGACGAACGAAAGCUAUUGGAAACAGCCUGGAUCCGAGGUGGAAUCAAACGUUCGUCUACUGUCCGCUACGCAGGGCCGAGCUCAAGUCGAGGUCCCUUGAGAUAACCGUUUGGGACUACGACAGAUAUGGUGCCAAUGAUUUCCUUGGGGAGGUGGUGGUAGAUCUAAAUGCUGCUCUGGACGAUGAACCCGAGUUUUAUUAUCUAUCAGCCCACGAUGACGCCCUGCCACCUCACAUGCGUCGCGGCAUGUACGUGGACACAGAGUCAGCAUCGACCAUCGCUUCGACGGACCAUCUGUCGCCACCUUCGACGGCCACCUCCCGACUGAGCGAGUCGGACAUGAGCGACUUGGAUCUCGAGGAUGGAUCCUUCCUGCGAGAGCGUAGGACCGACGGGGCUUCCAUCAGCAGUGUCGGUUCCUCUUCGAGCCCGCCUCCUGAGGAACGCCAGAUGGCCUUGGGAUCAGGAGGCCUCGACCGCCGCUCUAGGAGAGAUGCCAGCUCCCCUCCCGGUCGUCGAAGGCCUGCCAUAGGACGGGAGGACAUGAGAGGAAGGGAGGAACUGAGGUACAGAGGGGGCACGGACCUGAGUCUUCCAGCCAUCAGGACCCGGAGCCAGUCAGCGGCACCAACAGACUCCCCUUCUCUCCAUGUCUCCAGAUCACGGAGCAAGUCACCGCGUCGCCAGCCCGAGCCGGCUAGCCGAUCCCUCUCCCCACCUGAAGCAAGGCGGUACGGGGUGCCCCAAAGAAUGCCCCCUAGAAGUGCCACAACCACUCCCACCGGGUCCCCAAAGAAGAGGCAGCUUCCUCAGAUCCCAGCCUCCUUGCAGCAAUCUUCCAGGGACAAGGUCACUCAGCAUCCCUACGCGGACAGAUCAUCUCAGGACUUAGAAGAGCGGGCGAGGCUCCUGAAGCUGCGCAUGCGCCAGAUGACCCCCUACAGGGGUAGCGGACAAGGCCCAGCUCACCUGUACAGUGGCUACUCCGACUCGGAACUAAGGAGCUACGACAGGUAUCCACGCGGCCGGGGGGGCCUGGUCUCCCCUGAGAGAGACCCCGACCGCGACUUCGGUGAUUCCGCCAGUGAUAUAGAAAGCGUGGUCAGCGUAGCUAGUGCCUUUUCCACCCAGAGCGAAAGGCCGCGAGGAUCUAGGAAGGCCAGUAGGCGGCACCCGAGUAGCUUGAAGAGCCAUGCCCACAGCUAUGACAUCACCUUGGACGACCCGACAAUCCUCACUGAAUUCGACCACGACUACGAAACAAGCCGCAGUCUGUCCCGUAGUCUUAUGGACACUGUUAGGCCACUAGUGAGUCCUGUACGCCGUCCUCCUUCUUUGAGAAGGUCUCUGUCGAUGGGUGUGUCUCCAGCUGUGACCAGAAGUGCGCCACACUUGGCCGUCCAACCCCGCCAGACUCCGCAUCCACGAAGUAGCGUAUUGCGAAGCCAUACGUCACUUAAUGUUUCACCACAGACACGACCUCGCCAUAGACUUCAAAAAAGUCAUAGUCUUGGCGAAACUGAUAAACACUGGCUUUACUACCAUAACUCAGAUAUGUUGGCUGACCAAUGGGAGAUUGGAAGGUCAAUACGGGAUCCUGGUCACAGAGGUCGGUCAAGGUCAUUGACCAGAGAUGACUUAGGUUUAAGGACUCAUCCUAAAAAGACUGUAACGUAUGAGGAUGAAAUAUUUUCCAAGCGAAGAGUCAAAGAUUCUUCCGCUAUCUCCCAAAGCUCACUUUCAGUUGAUAAAUCAGUGCCUUAUGAGUCCGGUUUAGUGGUAAGGGAACAAAUGCCAGAUAGUUAUAUAUCUAAGGUAAGAGGUCAUUCUCAAAGAGAAACCUUUAGUGAUCUACAUGAUACAGAAAUUGCCAGAGUGCCUGCCAGAGAGGCCUAUCAGAGUAUAUAUCGUCGUCGUAAUUCUGGGCUUGCGGAUGGACACAGUGCAGGAACUUAUUACGGGUAUGAUUCUGAAUACAGUGGGGCAGAGACUGAAGUGUUCCUUUCAGAUAGAUCCUUAGAUAGAUCAUUUAGUUUAGAACAGUUAGAUGAGAGAGAUUUAAAUUCUGAGCUGAAAAGAGGACUUGGUAAACCACUGUUGAGUAAAAAAUCAGGCAAGUUAGUUGGAAGCAAUGAUGAUGAGAUUUUUGCAACUUCUUUACGAGCAAUGCGUGAAGGUUCGAGCCAUUCGUUGCCAAGAAUGCGUCGCUCAGCAGGCGGUCAUGUUCGGAGGACGUUUACCAGAGCAAACACAGAAAGUUCAUUACUUAAGGGACCAAACAAAAAUAUUCAAUUAGAUAUGGUAUGGAGACCAUCCAAAAAUGAUCCUGAGGCUCUUUAUAGAGUUCCUCUUCGGGAAUCUAGCGUUGAUGAACCUCCAUUAGAGGAUCAGAGACCUCUUGAUGCCACUAGAGGCCUGCAAAGCAAUCCUUCUUUAGCUCAUAUGUUUGACAGAAAUAUUGGUCCUGAAAAAUAUGAUUCCUGUGGAUCAGAUGAUGUAUUUAUGGAACAGAGGAGGCUCGAACCUCCCCGAGAGUAUGAUAAGGGUUAUGUACCAGAGGGAAAUCCCCUUUCAGAAGGUCAGCACCAAGAAAGGUUUCGAUCAAGAUCACUGGACCAAAGUAGAUACCCUCAUGGACCUCCUCCACCAGUAGACAGGUAUCAUGAGCCUGCCAAUUCGGCUGAUCAUGACCAUUUACAUGAACAAGGAGCGGUUAUGGAAAGUGAAAGAUUCAGAGACCCAGUACCAGGAGAAGAACGAGAUAGAUAUCGGGAGCAUAGCAGCCCUAGGGACCAAGAAAGGUAUAGGGAACAAAAUAGGUAUAGAGAGCAAGAAAUGAGAGGAUGUGAAGUUUAUGUAGAUCAAGAUCCUAGAGGUCAAGACAGAUACAGAAGACAAGAGCAAAAUGAACAAGAUGGGUACAGAGACCAAGAAAGAUAUAGAGACCAUAGCCCCAGAAAUCAAGAAGGGUACAAGGAGCAAGAUUCAAGGGAGCAGGAUAGGUACAGAGAGCAAAGUCCCAAGGACCAAGAACGCUACAGAGAGCAAGAACAAAUUAGGUAUAGAGAACAAGAUCCCAGAGCUGAUGAACGAUAUAGAGAAGACAGUUUUGCAAAUGACAGAUACCCAGAACAAAUGGAUGAAAGAUACAGAGAGCAAAUGCGAAUGCAUAAACAUGGCGAGUCUUACAGAGAGCCAGUACCACCAGACAAGGAAAGGUAUAGAGAUCAAGAUAUUUUAGACAGUGAAAGAUAUAGAGAGCAAGAAAGAUAUAGAGAACAAGAAAGAUACAGAGACCAAGAAGGUCUUUCAAGAAGGCAAAGUUCCAUGAAUGACGACAGACAGAGAAGACCAGAAGAUAUGGAUCAGAGACCCUACAAGGAUUCUGUUGAUGGGAGAAGAUAUGUAGAUGCACCAGAGUCACGAAGAUAUAGAGAUAGUGGAGCAGAGUUUGAUAGGUAUCAUGACCGUAGUGAUCCAGAACUGGUAUAUCAAAGAGGCCACCCUCCACAGGGAUAUGGCAGACAGACAGAAGAUGGCUAUUAUCAUGAAGGCCCAGGAAAUACUUGCAGAGAUGGCUUGGAAUGGGAGAGGCGUGGUGGUGGUUAUGACGGUAUGGAAAGAAAACAUGGGGACCAUUUUGAUUAUGAAAACCAAAAAUACCGAGAUUCUCAAUACCAUCCGGAUGGUCCUAGAGAUCAGCGGUAUCCCCCUAGCGGCCAUGACUCCAACUAUCCUCCUUAUGACCCUGCAAGACCGCAUGACCGACGGGACACAGCUUCUCACCUGCACACUCCGCACCCUCACGACCUCGCUCAUGCACAUGCCCACCCUAACACCACCCAUGGCCACUCUUCUAACACCCACCAGACUUAUGGAGACCCAUCCUAUCCUGUAGUAGAAACCAAUCCUGUAAAUCAUCCUCCUCCUGACACAGACUUAGUUGCAGAGGGUGAAAGCCCAGACUUAGACAGACCCCUUACUCCUCGAGUACGCCACAGCUCCUCAGUUAGCAUUAAUGAGCACCCUGAGUACUUUGAAUUUGACGCCAAUAGUCCCCCUAGUACGGAGCCUCGCGCAGACGCUGAUGUAGACCCUUCUUCUAACCCUGCUAGUGACUUUAGCCAUCGGGUGACCCCCUUCGGGCCCUCUGGAGUCUACGACGGAUCAAGUAAACGUGGUCAGCUGGGUAGGAGUCUCUCCACUAGUGAAGUCCCCGAGACGGAAAAAGCUGAGGUUGGAGUUGAGGGAGGAGCAGACGACAAAGGAGGCGAGGAGGCUUCUGCUGAAGGCGAUGUAGAGGAGGUGGAGGGUGUAGUGGAGGAGGGUAACGAAGAGGUGGAGGAGGGGUGUGAGGAGACUGAAGAGGUGGUUGGUGAGGAGGAGGAGGAGGAGUGCCUGGAAGGGGAAUGCAGCGUGGAAGGCUCCAACACCCCUCCAGACAAUGGCGGCGGCUCCUCCAACCUUGAUUCCCUCGACGUGGAGAAGCUGGAUGGCAGCUUGAGCGACUCAGCAGCUGGCAUGCUCACCGUCGACGCCAAGGAAAGAAGAAGAGUGACCAAUGGGAAGCAGGGCCAGUCUGGCGGCCUCUCCAAGAAGUCUUCGUCGACAUCUAAGCUCUCUGAUACCGAGGGCGGUAGAAAGCCUAGUACUAGUGGAGUGAAGCGGUCGCAGGAGGUGAUUCCAACCACUAGCCACCAGGCUCGCUUGGCUAAACAGCCCUCUAAGGAUUCCAACGAUGGUAGCAUGAAUAGCGUCAGUUCUGAAGGCUCUUCUCGAGUGCCUGGCAUGCGUCUGAGCACCGACGGGCAGCUGAGCGAGUUCAUCGAAGGCCUGGGUCCCGGGCAGCUCGUGGGAAGACAAGUGCUAGCCUCCCCGGCCUUGGGAGACAUUCAGCUGUCGAUGUGCGAGAGAAAGAGUAAGCUGGAAGUCGAAGUCAUUCGAGCGAGGGGCCUUCAGUGUAAGCCUGGGGCCCGGAUAGUGCCUGCUCCCUAUGUCAAAGUUUACCUUGUGGACGGAAAGAAAUGCGUUGCCAAGGCGAAAACAGCAACGGCGAGGCGUACUUUAGAUCCACUGUACCAGCAACAACUCAUCUUCCAUGAACGUUAUUCCGGAUGUGUUCUACAGGUGACCGUUUGGGGUGACUACGGAAGGAUGGAAGGCAGGAAAGUCUUCAUGGGAUUGGCACAGAUCAUGCUGGAUGAUCUGGACCUUUCGAACAUCGUCAUUGGUUGGUACAAACUCUUCGGGACCUCAUCACUGGUAUCUCUCCCUGCUCUGACGCGCAGGGGUUCCAUGGCCAGUCUAGACAGCUUCGGGUAGAAGAUAGCAAAUGGCCACUCGUCAGGUGGCCAUCAAGACAUAAUGAAACAACGCCAUGCCUCCUCGUUUUCCUCGUCCUCUACUUCCUCUCCCUCCUGUUCUUCUUCUGCCAUUUGGGAUCAAGCACGUACGUGCCUGCUGCUGCUGCUGCCGUUGCUCCAAAAUAUUCGUGUCCCGAAGACCUCCAUGAAAACUAGUGCGAGAAUUGAUUCAACGACACUUUUGCAAUCGCCUGCAAUGUUGCCAAUCAAGCAGAGUGUGAGGCUAUUCAUUGGGUGCUCUAUUUUAUCUCUCGGUUUCAAGACUUAGAUCUGACACUUACUGCUUGUGUUGCAAAUAUUGCAGAAUUGCAUUCUAUGAGGCUCAAAGAUAUCAUCGAUUUGCAAGAGUGAAAACUUACUGAGUAUGACCUUCUUGGAAGGUGGUUAUUAUUAUCGUUAUUAUUAUUGUUUUGGGGUUACUGACUCGCCCCAAAAAAAGUGAAUCUUCUCUUGCUGCUGGGGCAAUGGUUGGGGCCAGCUUCUCCACAAAGGCCCUGCUGGGCACACGGGUACCAGAUCAGCCUGGGGCCAAAAGAGCCCCUCCUCCCUAAGGGUAGCAGCCAGCCAGCCAGCCACAGAGAUUUUUGCGGGGCCUCCGAUGGCCAAGUGGUUAAUAAGCCUGGGGAUGCAGCAUCCUACUCGUACCCCUCCGAGACACCACAGGGGGAGGGAGAGGGCCUCCUCCUCAGCACUUCAGUUACAUACCAGGACAUUGCCCAGUGCGCCCCUUCCUCUGACAACCUCCCCGUCAUCCUCCUCCUCCUCCUCCUCCUUUCCCCUACCCAACCCGUUCAUUCCCCUCCCCGAAGAACUUCCCAUCAUGUGGACUCUCAUCACGGGAAUGCCUUGAGAGCAGAUUUUUUUACAAACCAUGAUAUGAGUACCUAACGAUACUUCUCCAGCCUGCCCCAGCCUCGCUUAAGUAGGAGGGCAUGGCCUUUGUCACAAUGCUUGUGAUUUUGACUAAGUGCUUUAAAUAAUAUUACAGAAUAGAAUUAAUCAUGUGUGGAAGUUUGCUCCAUAGAAAAAUCUAACCCUUACUAGUAAUGAGAUGACCUGAUUAAAUCCUAGACCAUCUUCUUAACUCCACCGCCAUCAAUUCUUUCCAUCCCUUUCUGGAUUUCCAAACAAGCCUUUUUCCUCUCCUGUUCUUUCAUUUCAGCUUCAUCACUCAUCAUAAUAUGACAAAGCAACGGUUUCAGUGAUUCAGUCAGUGGAUUUGGGUUCUCGGUUUGGACUUCGACUUUAGUAGGUACUAUGUAGGUCUUAACCGACUGAUUUGAAUGAGCUUUUGAAAGAUUUUGUCACAGGAAUUUUUGGUUUUUUUGGUUUUUUCCAGUGUUAUCUCAAUACCAGGACCGAUAUUAUGUUGACAGCCUUUGCCCUUAACAACCGAGUUAUUUGUGUUAGUCUCUUUUCCCCUUCCGUAUUCAAAUUUUGUUCCCAAGAGAAAAAAAAAAGAUUAUCUUAGGCUUCUCAAGUCCGACAUGACUAGCAGUAUUGCAGCCUCCCCUUCCCCCAUCCCCCCCCAAGUCCUCCACUCCUUGUAGACUAAAGCCGUGUAUUCGAAUCCUGGAAUAACUUAUGUAAUUCUAAAACCAAAACACCCAAAGGCUCUUUCUUUACUUGCAAUUCAGAUAUAAAUAUAUAAAAAUAUAUACAUAGAUAUAUAUAUAGGCAUAUAACUACUUCUCAAUAUACAAUUAAUACCCAAAGGUACAUUUGUUUCUAAAGACCUCGUCACCAUCUUGUACUUGGAUUGUUGCAGUGGGAAUAGAGACUAUUCUGUUCUGCAAGACUCCACCAAACUCACUCAGCUUUUGGUUGGCUGGAAUUCCAAAACCCCUUUCUUCAUUUUCCCCCCCCCCCCCCUUGAGUUCCGCGUUUUCCUGCGCUAAGAAACCCCUACCACCCACCCACCCCCCCGCCACUCGCAUUUACUUGGGACGACGCGUUUGCAUUACUCACGCGACUGGUCCCGUUUCUCUGUCAGUUGCUGGCGACAUUCUUGCCCCCGGAGAACAACACAACCUGCCUGGUUUGACCUGAGUUUCCUUCUGCUGGCCAAGCCUCACUCCCUGCAACCUUGGGUGAACGACCUCCUCUUCCCGUGCAUCACAGCAAUUCGUUGUAAAUAAUUGCAAUUCUCGCCACUGUGAUUUUCCGUUCUUUCUGUCGGUCUGCAAGUCUGUCGCCUUUCACUUUCUGCGUCAGCCCCUAUUUUCUGUUCUCUCUUUCUUUCUUAUGCGCGUGUGUCUGUCUAUGCCUCCCUUCCCAUCAUCCAGUCCAGUAGCAGUAGAAAGAACCCCUCACCCCCCCAUAUCCCUCAACCCCCCCACCCCCGUCGACCCACGUCCUGACUUUCUCUUCUUGUAGUAGACUCCUCUUCUGCCUCUUCCUCUCGAGUCCCGUAGCUCCAGAAAUACUAUCCUUUCUCCAUCCCCAUAAUAUGUGAAGGACGUUUGGACCCGGACUUGAUAUACAUCAUUCAAUCAAUCUGUCGUCAUUGAGCUCGUCGUAAAGUCUCGUUCGAUUCCGAUUUCAUUUCUCUCUCUCUCUCUCUCUCUCUCUCUCUCUCUCUCUCUCUCUCUGUACGUGAAACAUGAAAUCAAAUGCUUUUUUGAACCACCCCAAUCCCUGACACCCUUUGACAAGUAUAUCCUUUAGGCUGGGAUUCAUUCUAGUGUGUCCAUCUUAAUGUGUAAAUCACCACAGACACACAUACACACACUUUCACACACACACACACACACACACACACACACACACACACACUUCACACACACACACACACACACACACACACACACACACGCACACUUACCCACACACUCACACACACACACACACACACAGUCUGAUAAAGAAAAGGAAGAACAUAGAAAACCCGAGUGCCAACGAGAGCCAAAAGGAAGAUGGCACACAUUGGAAUUGAAUUUAGGCUUCCAGAGAGAGAAUUUUGUUUGUUUGUUACUUUGAUCUUAUGUGACAACAUUGAUUGUUUCUAUAUGUAAUAAUAAUAUUAAUAAAGGUAAUACUAAUACUAAUACUACUAAUAAUAAUUAUAAUAUAAUAAUAAUAAUUAUAGCAGACACCCAACGGAUGGACGGAACGUACCUUGUGGGUGCGUCACUCUCUCCCUCCUCCUCCUCCUUCUCCUCCUCCUCCUCCUCCUCCUCCUCCUCCUCCUCCUCCUCUUCCUCUUCUUAUUACACCUCCUCCUCCUCCUCCUCCGGUGGUGGUUCUGUGUCCUCCUCCUGUGUGAUUUUACCCUAAUUUAAGUAAUUCAACUCCGAUGUUAAUUGAAGGAUUUGUGCAUAUCGGUAUAUGAAGUGUUGGUUGUGUGUGAAGGUUUUUUUAAUGGUUAAUGAUUGAAAUUUAUAUAUCUAUACAUAUAUAAAUAUAGUCUAUACAGUACAUGUGAACGUUAAGGAAUGCUAGUCUUGUACAGUUUUUAAUUCCCCAAAGGUGUUGUUGCGACAGACCGGAGAGAGAGUUCAGUGGUUGAAGCUUAGAGAAGGACAAAGCAGAGAAAGCAAGGUCAGGGUCAAAGGUCAAAGGUCAAAGGUCAAAGGAUCUCUUUGUAUCACAGUAGGAUGAUAUAUAAUUGCCUAUAUAUAUAUAUAUAUAUACUUUCCACCGAGACUCUCUUCUCUUCCUUCUCUAUAAACACAAAUUUCCUCUGGUCUCUGAACCAACUUGAAUCAUUAUGGUUAUUAUUAUUAUUAUCGUUUACCCAAGAGAAGCAUCAAGUUCAACGAAUACUACAGUCAUAGGAAUAAAAGCAGAUCGAAAACAAACUUCUGGCUCACCACGUGGAAAUUACUGUAUCACCUUUCUUUUAGUCUAAAUGACCGUAACCAGAUUUCUGCAGGCGUCGGCCUUUACUUCUAUCAAAACCCUGUUUUCUUCCCGAAUGUGAUGAUGAUGAUGAUGAUGAUGAUGAUGAUGAUGAUGAUGACGAUGAUGAUGAUGACAGCAUCAGUGAGCAAACACUGACGACCCAAGUCAAGUGGUGGUGACCCAAGUCAGCUUUGUGCAGUGAAACACCUGAUCUUUGUUUUCUGAAAAUGAAUGACGGUGUUAAUGAUGAUGAUAAUGAGUGUAGGUGAUGACGAUGACGAAGAUGAUUAUAAUGAUGAUAUGAUGACGAAGAGGGCCACCUUUUGGGUGGGCCAUUCUCUCGGUAGAACAAGAUUUGAUUAAAACAUGGUUUUGACAAAGUAAAUGUGUGUCUGUAUGUUUGUAUAUCUUCCUCUUUGACAUAAAAUAAAAGAAUCUGUGAUCUCCUUGAAUGAACACAUCAGAGCAUAUGCAAUUCUCUCGUUGAAAAAAAAACGGUGACAAUUCACAACCAAUGAUUAGUUCUAUUGAUCAAUUAUAUAUUGUCUUCAUCACCUAUCAGAAUGACGACUUAUUGCCUUCAAAUACAUCUCUGAUUCCAAGAUGAAA